AUGGCGAACCUCGAAAAAGAUAUUCAAGCCAUACAGGGAGAUGUUGAGGUUGUGCCAAAGAAUGAUAGAUACCGAGAUGGUCUCGAAACUAGACUCGGUGAUAUAAGAGCAAUCACACACCUUGACGAAGCUAUUCGAGCUGCGCGGAAAGCCAUUGCAACGCAAGAAGAUUAUCUGGAUCGUGACAAAAGCGUGAUGGUGGAUCUAGAAGCGGCUAUCCGAUUUGCUCGGGAAGCUGUUGACACUGCGCCAGGAGAUUUUCCGAACCAAGCUGCGCUUAUGAAUCAUCUUGGAGGUCUACUUGGCAAAAGAUUUUUGAGAACAAGAGCAAUGGCAGACCUCGAAGAGGCUAUCCGACUAGUCCAAGAAGCGGUGAAUAUGAUCACACCGUUCAACCCGGCAUAUUCACUAUAUAAUCUUGCAUUUCAACUUUCACGAGGAUUCUCGGAAAUCAGAUCUAUAGCCGACGGUGACAAGGCUAUUCAGUUUGUGCGGGAGGCUAUUGAUGCAACUCCAGAAACCGAUUCACAGCGCGCACGUAUGCUUGAGAAUCUCGCACUGCUACUUCGUAAUCGAUAUUAUCAUACAGGUCUUUAUGCAAGAGACAGGACUGACUUGGAUGAGGCGAAUCGAAUUGAACGAGAAGCCAGCAAGGAAUCUCCAGUAAAGCAUCCGGACCGAGCGUAUUGGCUGAACCAUCUAGGAAACCUGUUUAGGCAUCGAUACCUAAGCACAGCUGCUGAAAAUGACCUUGAAGAAGCUAUCCGUAUCAUAAGAGAAGCUAUAGAUACUACAGUAAAGGACCAUCCAAAACGACCAUUUUGGUUGAACGACUUGGGAACCUUGUUUAAGGAUCGAUACCUGAGAACAGGAGCUAUAGACGACCUUGAAAAGGCCAUUCGUCCAAACUCCAAGCUGGACUGGGCAUCACGGUUGAACCAUCUUGGGAGUCUGCUUAGCAUUAAGUUCUUGAGGACAGGUGCUAUAGUCGACCUUGAAGAAGCCAUACGAAUUACACGAGAAGCUAUCAACGCAACUGUGAAAGGUGACCCGGGCCGGGUGUCUCGGUUGAGCAUUCUUGGAAGUCAACUUGGUGAUAGAUUUUUGAAGACAGGAGCGAUAGUCGAUCUUGAGGAGGCUAUUCGAGUUACACGGGAAGCUGUUGACUUAACUCCAGAGAAUGACAUGACCCGAGUAUCUUGUUUGAACAACCUUGGAAGCCAACUCACCGAUAGGUUCUCGAGAACAGCAGCCAUAAUAGACCUUGAAAGCGCGAUCGUGUACUUUAAAAGUGCUCUACAUCAACUCAACGCGCCUGUUAUUGGUCGUAUCAACGCUGCUAAAGGAAUUAUUCGAUGCGGCAUGUUCACUUCGGACUGGGAGCAGGCCUACGAAGCUUCAACUACCGCCAUACGCCUUAUUCCCGAAUUGAGACCACGGUCACUCCAAAACUCUGAUAAAGUGUUUAUGGUCAGCCGAGUAUUCGGGCUAGCUUCUGACGCAGCGGCAGCGGCAAUAAAUGCAGGCAAAUCGCCGCUUGCUGCACUGCAAUUGCUUGAGCAGGGUCGCGGGGUGAUUCUCGACGAGAUGCGAGCGGAUAUUUCAGAUUUACUAAAGAGGCACCCCCGACUAGCAGAGCAAUUUCUCCUUGUUCAGAAUCAGCUAGAGACUGAUAAGCUAAUGGUCAAAAUUCGCAAACGACCUGGAUUUGAGGACUUCUUGCUUGAACCAAGCAAAGAAAAGAUACGAGCUGCUGCAAAAGCGGGACCUAUCGUCGUGAUAAAUGUGAGCAAAUAUCGCUGCGAUGCGAUCCUUGUUACGCAGUAUGACAUACAGUCCGUUGCCCUGCCUUAUCUCAACUAUAAGGAUGCCAAAGAGAGAGCGCAAAGAGGUCAUCUAGGGGACUCCGAAAUCUUAGAAUGGCUUUGGGAUGUCGUCGCGAAUCCAAUCUUGGACGCCUUGGGAUUUACUCAAUGUCCACUUGAUGAAAGGUGGCCUCAUGUAUGGUGGAUUCCUACUGGUCCAUUAAGCAAGUUUCCUCUCCAUGCAGCAGGAAUUCACCAUGACAACUCUACCGAAACGGUGCUCGAUAGGGUCAUGUCUUCUUACAGCUCCUCUAUUAAAGCAAUCAUACAUGGCCGCCGAUAUCCUGUGCCUAAGCUCUCGGUUCGAAGCAAGGCUCUUCUUGUUGCCAUGAACCACACACCAGGACAUACGAAGCUUUCUUUCGCAGCUCAAGAAAUAGAGGAGCUAAAUGCAGUUUGCAAGUCCUUGCGCUUAGAUCCUAUUCAGCCAAAACGGAACAAGGAGGCAAUCAUAUCGCACAUUCCCAAAUGCAAGAUAUUUCAUUUUGCAGGCCACGGUCAAACCGACUACAUUGAUCCUUUACAGAGCUAUCUGCUUCUGGAGGAUUGGGAAAAUGAUCCUCUCACAGCAGCCACUUUACUGGGCAAGGCUUCCAAUCCGCAAGGUAGCAUGAACAUUGAUCAUGGAAACUUACCGUUCCUCGCCUACCUCUCAGCUUGCGGGACUGGUCAGAUUAGAGAUCAGACGUUCAGCGACGAGAGUAUACAUCUGAUCAACGCGUGUCAAAUAUCGGGCUUUCGCCAUGCUAUUGGUACUCUAUGGGAGGUCAAUGAUCAGGUUUGUGUCGAUAUGGCCAGGAUUACGUAUGAGGGGAUGAGGGACGGGGGUAUGACAGAUGAGUCUGUGUGUCGGGGGCUCCACAAUGCUAGUAGAGAGCUUCGGGAUCGUUGGCUGAACACGCCAGCAGGUGAUAAGCAUGGACAUAGGAGAGGUGAUGGCUUAUCGAGAGAUAUUGCUUCAUGUGACGACGAAGAGCCAGGACUGUGGGUUCCUUAUGUUCAUUUUGGUGUGUAAAUUCUACUUUCGUCUGAUGCUAGUUUUGUUAUUCAUCUCAAGAAAACACGACGCUCAGUAUGGGCCUUUCCUUCCCAAAUAAUUAU